UCCUAUUGGUGCUGGUGACGAAGCUUCAGCUACCAGCAUACAGAAAACCGUAGCCUGGAAUCAAAGACACUUGGCGACAAGUAAAGAUGCUGCCUGCAAACGGGACUUAGCCGCGCGCACCUGCUGAAAACAAGAACGGGUAUUCUCCAAUAAGGACAAAACCAUUAUAUUAUCAGCUAAAAGUUGAUUACUCGUCCACAAUGUAUAACAUCACAAAUAAAACAGUCUGCAGUUUCCGAUCCCCCGCUGAACACGCUCAGGUGUUAAACGUCUGCGUCAUGGUGGUGCUGGUUAUUGGUAUAACGCUGGGCAAUGUGGUGAGUCUGGCGAUAUUUUUGGGAUCAAAGCGGCUGAGGACCCCGCAGGGCUAUCUGAAAGCCUCCCUGGCCCUGGCGGACUUAGCUGUUGGAGUACUGGUGGUUCCGUACUCCGUUCACACAGAGAUACAAAUAUUAUCUCAAGGGCUAGAACGCGUCGAGGCGCCAUCGGAAGAGAAAAGGCGCUUCCAUCCCUGCGACCUGAUGGGGCCCGUUUUCGCGGGGUGCACGUUCGUUUCCAUCACAACCAUCUUCCUGAUGUCUGUGGAAAGGAGCAUCAGCGUGCUGAAACCUCUGCACAAGAACGUGGUCGUCACCAAGAGGAGGACGCUGUCCCUCAUCCUGUUUUCGUGGGCACUGUGCUUUUUUCUCGCCGUCGCUCCUUUGCUCUUCAGCCGGGACAUCACCCUGCAGUUCAACCCCUGCAGCAGAAUGUGCAACUACGCCUUCUCAUCGCUAGGGCGGCGGCACCCGGGGUGGAACGUGAUGCUCCUGUUCCCUGCCUUCGAUUUCUCGCUUCUGGGUGGGACCUUCGUGAUCAAUCUGAUAACAUUCGGCGCUAUACGUCAGGUUUGCAAAAUGAGACAGAAGCUGGCCGAAACUGGGGUCCGGCGCAUCUCCAACAGACCUUCUUUUUCUGACAUACGUGCAGCCAAAACCAUCGCCAUUCUUACUUUGUCCUUUUCGGCUUCUUUUGGUCCUGUCGCAGUGUUUGUGGUCGGCAGCGUCCUAGGCUACCAGUGGUGCGAUUUCUCUUUCUACGCCUUCUGGAUUUUGACCUCCAACAGCUGCUGGAACGUGAUUAUCUACAGCGUCCGCGACCAGAGAUUCCGUCGCAAGACCAAGGAGCUGUUCUUUGGGAAGGUGCUGAAAGGCAGACGCCGCCCCAAGGCGACAGAUGAGCGUCACCCUGGACACUGCAUGGCCGUGAUUAAGGAAAUGCUGCGGCCGGAGUAUGUGUGAUCGGCUGUGUAUAUGCUGGAAAUCAUUGUACAGAUUCUUCAAUACCAUUACACCAGGAAAGACAUUAACAGAUAAAAAGUAGCAAACAAUGCGUUAAAACCUGUACUGUACUGUACCGUACCUCUUAAACGUAAGAAAGAGUUGGCGUCUAUAUGUUAAGUGUAAGCUUUGGUCCCGUUAUUGUCGUUUUUUUCAGUUAAGCAGUUUAAAAUACUUUUGAGUUAUAUAGAAUUCUCUAGUUUAGUCUGUAGGUAGGUUUAGGUUAAUUUAACUUUCUGUGUUUUCAGAUAAGUUACGGGGAGAACGUGACUAGGAAAGAGGGGAGAGAUCAGGAACCGAGAGGGGGAGACGGUAGCAGGUGUAAAUAUGGCUGUUUAGCAAUAAACUGUAAAAAGAAUAUUCGUCUCCAUCCAGUUCCCAUGCUCACAGGCAGAGGGUUUAACCACCAUCACACAAACCCUACGGUUACAUAGGUUAUACAGUACGUUUACUGCCUUUUUUCAUUAAGAUGUAUAGAAAUGUUCCAAUGUGUGAGCUGGAAAUUAAUAAGUAGAGGUUAAUUACACGCUGAAGAGUUGAAAGAACGAGGAAACAACAUUGUUUCACCUGCAGAGCAUCCUUCUUCUUCACCCAUUGAAUACUCUACAGCCGAAACAUUGUUCUUUUCUCUUUUUGCCAUUCAGGGCUGAAUUAACAUUUACUUUCUAAAAAGCUAUUGAGCUGUUUUUAAUGAGCGGAACAGUGUCACAGUGGUUAGUUGUCUGCAUCACUGCAGUGAGGUCCUGGAUGCUAGUGGGUUCAGUUCCAGAUCUGGGCUGCUAUCUGUGUGGA